CCUCUGCUCUGCUGCUGCUGCACCUCCGGGACUGGCAGACACCGGGAACACAGGGACUCACCUGUCCGGGGCAGACAGCCGAUCAUGUGUGCAAACUCGAUCGUUAUGGAUAACCGAUGAUUGGAGCUAAAAAUGCACCGUGUCCGACGUCUUUAUCAUCCUGGAGCCUGCAGGUGUACAAGGUAACCGGAGUGAGCUACAGGAGACACGGACACGCUUUAUCUCCUCAUCAUCAUACAUGUUUGAUGGUACAGCCAUGACUUUUACUACCGAUGUGACAUGGAGGAGUCCGCCCGGUUCCAGUCUGUUGUUUCAGUCAGAGGAUUUUUUCUGCUCCGUGGAGCUUUGACUGGUCCGGCCGGUUUACUGAAGGAAGAAGGGAGCAGUUUGAGCAAACGCCGGUUCUUAGCAUGUCCUCCUCGGUGGUCUUGUCCGGAGUGAGGGAGCGGAGUCUGGGAGAGCUGCCCAUGGAGAGCUGGAUGUCUCACCUGCCCUGUGCUCUGUGGGACAUCCCGCUGUACCACCUGGCCAUCCCAGGCAGCCACAAUGCCAUAACGUACUGUCUAGACAUGAAUGAUAGAUCUCCUGUAGACCUCACUCAGCCAGACAUGCUCCAAAAGCUGGAUAAAUACAUGAAACCUCUCAUUCGGCCCUUUGUUUACAAGUGGGCCAUAACACAGGAGUUUACUAUCAAGCAGCAGCUGGACUGUGGGAUCAGAUACUGUGACCUGAGGAUUGCUCACAGGCCCAACGACAGCUCCACUGAUCUCUACUUCUACCAUGGUGUUUACACCACGCUCACUGUUCAGACUGUUUUAAGAGAGAUCAGAGAGUGGCUGGAUGCUCAUCCCAGAGAGGUCGUCAUCCUGUCCUUCAGUCACUUCCUCGGCCUGAACCAAGAGCUCCACAUGCUGCUGCUCACAACCAUCCGCAACACGUUCACCUCCAAACUCUGUCCAAAAACGGAAGUGUUGACUCUCCGAAACCUGUGGGCCCUAGGCUACACUGUGAUUGUGUCCUAUGAACACGCCAUGGCCAGCUCUCACAGCGACCUGUGGCCACAUAUUCCCUACUGGUGGGCCAAUAAAUGCAAAGCAGAGGCUCUUAUAGAGGAGUUUGAACACAGGAAACAACACGGCAGACCAGGUGGAUUCUUUGUCACAGGCAUUAAUCUGACAGAGGACCUGAAGUACAUCUGCACUCACCCGACCGAGUCUCUCAAAGACUUGGUGUUGUCCACGUACCCAAUGCUGCUCGGCUGGGUCAAAGAGCAGACGCCAGGCUCCAGGGUCGGCUCUCUAAACAUCAUCGCUGGAGACUUUAUCACAGAGAGCCACUUUGUACCGACUGUUGUUGCACUGAAUGAGAAAUUACUGAAAUGGUCCUAAUGACUUUUCACCAUUUCUGCAUUAAUCUUCAGAAAAAUGUGAACCACAGCAUGAAACACACACAAACUCGUUUUAAAAAAAAAACAUUGUACUUGAAUUAUUAAUCUGGGUAUAAAUGCACCUACUGGGCGCUGUUACUUUAUUUUCAGUGUUAAAGCUACUUGAAAACAGAUUCUUUUGGUGCUUUGAUCUGCACUUGUUUGUUUACUAUUUAUGAAAUGCACUGUAUCAGUUUCCACAAGUCAGCGGAGUGCGCAGUUUAAUGUUACGUUGUCCAAAGCAAUAAAGAGCCAACUAAUCUCACAUUAUAGCAGGCAUAUAAUUUAGAUAAGUAAGCACAAUUAUUUAAUCAAUGAGCACAUGUGAUGUGAUGUAGGCCACACACUUUUAUAAUCCUGACAUGUAGGCAGCAAAUAGCUAAAGUGUAUCACCUAUAAUACCCAUAGUGAUCUAAAGAGAAUGUAGAAGACUUGAAACUUAUGCAAAAUGCAUGACGGCUUAUUUGCAUGAACCCAGCCUCGACUGUUUUAUUUAUAAUUCACCUUCCUGGAGAGGUUAGGCCUUGAUUUAACAUGAUGCUGCACC